AUGGAGAUGAAGCAAGUCCUCUCAAACAACAUUUCGGAGCAUCACCUCCCUUUCCACACAUGGCCCAACCCUAAUUACUAUACCAACAACAACAACAACAUAAAUUAUAAUAAUAGUAAUAAUAAUAAUAAUUGUAAUAUUCCGGUGUUGGGAGGAGGAGAAGAUGGGGAGGAGGAGGAAGAGGAGGAGGAGCUCGGGGCUAUGAAGGAGAUGAUGUUCAAGAUGGCAGCAAUGCAGCCGGUGGACAUCGACCCGGCCAGCGUGCGGCGGCCCAGGCGGCGCAACGUGAGGAUCAGCGACGACCCCCAGAGCGUGGCAGCCAGGCACCGGCGCGAGAGAAUCAGCGAGAGGAUGAGGAUACUGCAGAGGCUCGUCCCCGGGGGAACCAAGAUGGACACUGCAUCCAUGCUUGAAGAAGCCGUGCGCUACCUCAAGUUCCUCAAGCGCCAAAUCCGGCUACUCCAAUCCCAACAGCACCACCACCACCAUCAUCUCUUUUAA